AGAGGAAUCGAGACAACCGGGUUCUUUUUUUCUCUCUUUUUAUCUCAUUUUUGUUUAAACAUGACACAUACGAUUGAAACCUAGACACUCCGUGACCCUUCCCGCCGGGGCAAAACCGACAGCGACACCCAGACACGGCCACCCGAGGCGGGUAAAUAGGACCAUCCCCUUCCGGACCCGGAUGGGGGGAAUUGUUGGCUCAUGGCGGGGAGAGAGGUCAGGAAGUUGUUGUGGGAUGGGGCAAACGUGGGUCAAAGGAAAAAAGAGAGAGGCCUUUGGCCAUGAGGGUUUCUCUUUUAUUUUCUUAUUUUUAUUUUUCAGGACCCCUCGGUACCCACGCGCAACACAUGGAAGAUCUCCAGAGGCUUCUUCUUUUCUUUGCAUUGGCACGGCGUUCAGGGCAAAAAGAUCAGGGGUGGUGGGGAGGUGGAAGCAAGAAAUCUCUCCAGGGAUCUUGGGGGAGGGGGGCUGGUGCAAGCCGGUCAGAGUUGCAAUGAUAGAACCGCCGAGAGAGGAGGCGAACGGAAUGGGGGGGAAGACUGAAGAGAUUCAACGCUUUGAAUGGAAUGUUACACUUUUUUUUUACUCCUCCCCCUUUCGAAGGGAUCAUGUCGAUUGUGGCAAGGGGCAUGCGUCUGCCCUAUUUUUUGCGUGACAAUUCUUGCUCCCAGGCUGGUCUCGCUGAGAAUGGUGAAGGAGAGAGCGAUAGCCCUGUUGGUCGGGCAGAGAGGUCUUCCGGAGUUGAAUCUCUAGACACCGUUCCGCCACGGAAGGAUGUAUACCGGAGACUGAUGAGGGCCUCGAGUUGAGGUGUGCCGUGAUACGUUACCUAGUAGAAGUAUCAUCAAGCAGUGCGCUUAGGCAAUAUCCUGCGUGACAAGAAGUUAUAAGGUUAAUGAAUCGU